AUGGCAUCUUUAUUAACCGCGAAGAAUGUUGGGUCAGCUUUUUUGAAGGGAUCGACGCAAAAGCUGACGCAAAAGCGAACGAAUCAAAAACAAAGCAGAAAGACGAACACCUCUUCGGUGGUGGUGCGAGCGGAAGUGAAGGAGAUUUUCAUGCCCGCGCUCUCGUCGACGAUGACGGAAGGGAAGAUCGUCUCGUGGGUGAAAGAGGAAGGGGAUGCGAUUUCCAAAGGCGAAGCCGUGGUGGUGGUGGAAUCAGAUAAAGCGGAUAUGGACGUGGAAUCGUUUUACGAUGGGUUUUUGGCGCACAUUUGCGUGGAAGAUGGGGAGAUGGCGACGGUAGGGGCUCCAAUUGCGUACGUGGCGGAAACAGAGGCGGAGAUUCCGGAGGCGCAGGCGAAGGCGGCGGCGGCGUCUGGCGGCGCGGCGCCGGCGCCGGCCGCUGCGCCGGCGGAAGCGGCGCCUGCUCCCGCCCCUGCUCCGGCAGCGGCGGCACCGGCAGCUGCGGCACCGGCGCCGGCUGCGGCGGCACCAGCACCGGCACCAGUUGUGAACACUGGACGAAUCGUUGCCACGCCAUACGCGAAGAAGCUCGCGAAGAAGUCGAAAAUUAAGCUCGAAACAAUCAAGGGUACUGGAUUGAACGGUAGAAUCACCGGCGAGGACGUCGAGAAGGCGGCUGGCAUCGCGCCGGCGGCGAAGCCUGCUGCCGCGGCGGCAGCGGCUCCAGCUGCUGCGGCGCCGUCUGCCAAGCCGGCACCGGCGCCGUUACCGGCCCCGGCGGGUACUGCGACCCCGUUACCGCCGAUGCAAAAAGCCGUGGCGAAGAACAUGCUCCCGUCGUUAUCGGUUCCGGUGUCUCGCGUGGCCAUGCCAAUCUGCACGGAUAAAUUAGACCAGCUCUACCAAAAAUUGAAACCAAAAGGCGUGACGAUGACGGCGCUGUUGUCCAAAGCCAUGGGUAACGCGUUAGCGAAGCACCCGAUUAUGUUUGCUUCUUACCACGAUGAGUCCCAAUCCAUCGUGUACAACGACGAGGUCAACAUUGCCUGCGCGGUUGCUUUAGACGGUGGUUUGAUCACGCCGGUGUUGCGAAAUGUUGCCAACACGGACGUGUACGAAGUUGGGCGCCAGUGGAAGGAGUUGGUUGGCAAGGCCAAGUCUGGGAAGUUGGGGCCGGCGGAUUACGCCGGCGGUAACUUUACCAUCAGUAACAUGGGUAUGUUUGGCGUUUCCGCGUUUGACGCCAUCUUGCCGCCGGGGCAAGGUGCGAUCAUCGCGAUCGGUGCGGGUAUUAAGACUGUUGUUCCGAUCGAUGGUAUGAUUGGGGUGAAGACGAUGAUGACUGUGAACGUCACCGCGGAUCACAGACACAUCAAUGGGGACGUCGCGGCUGGGUUCUUGAAGACUUUGAAGGAAGUCAUCGAAAACCCAGACGAUUUGACCUUCUAA